AGUUAGCGAUUUAACCCAUUUGUAAUGGAAAAAUUCCAAGAGAGCGAUGCACGGAUCGACAUUUACUUUGUAUGGGUGGUCUGAAAAGCUGAGAUGAAAUGAAAAAAAUUUCCAAACAUACCCUUAACUUCUCGUUUUUCCUCUCUCUUCUCCCUGUUCCCUAUUUUCCCAAUUCACAAAGGGGAGCUCCCUAGAAAGCAGUCCCAUUCUUGCAUUCUGUCAAACACUUGGGGUGUGUGACACAUAUCAAUGGCAAAGGGCAAGAGAAAGCUCGUUCCAGAAACAAUCGCAAUUGACAGCGACAAUCCGAGUUCCGAGUCUCUGGAUAAUCAAAUGCCAGAGUGUUUUGUUUUCUCCUUGUCUGGUUGCAAAAAGAUGAGUAAAGAAGAAGCUGAAGUCCCACAGGUUGUAACUCCCUUUCCUGGCCGCCAGCGUACAAAGAGCAGAGUUAGCCCUAAGAAUGCUAUCUUACAGGAAAAGAAGAUAGAUAGUGGAGCUUUUGAAUAUCACUUUCAGAAUCUAUGGAGGAGCUUUUCAGAAGAUAAGAGGACCUCCUUUGCUUACCUUGACUGCUUGUGGUUUGCCUUGUAUAGGAAACCACACUAUAAAGCCAAGGUGAUAACAUGGAUUAAAAAGAAGCAAAUUUUUUCAAAGAAAUUUGUUUUCGUUCCCAUAGUUUGCUGGAAUCACUGGAGCCUCUUGAUCUUCUGCCACUUUGGUGAGAGCUUGCAAUCAAAAACUAUAACACCAUGCAUGUUAUUGCUGGAUUCACUAGAAAUGGGAAAUCCAAGGCGUCUUGAACCAGAUAUAAGAAAAUUUGCAGUGGACAUCUAUAAAGCAGAGGGCAGGCCUGAGAGUAAAAGCUCUGUUUAUAAAAUUCCCCUCUUGGUGCCUAAGGUUCCUCAACAGAGAAAUGGUGAGGAAUGUGGCAUAUAUGUUCUCUACUUUAUUAACUUGUUCAUGGAGGACGCUCCUGAGGAUUUUAGCAUUGAGGAUUAUCCUUACUUUAUGAGAAAAAAUUGGUUUACCCCUGAAGGCUUGGAAAGCUUCUGCCAAAAACUUGGCUCCUUGAGAAAGAAAAGUUGAUGUUUAUAAGCUUUGGCAGAUGAAACGACGCACUUUAUCCUGCAAGCACCUCUUUUCUUCCACCCCGCCAUGGAUAAAUAGAGAAGUGAUGAAUGCGAUGAUGAAUACAGAAAUUGCGCGGAUUGAACCGCUCCAUAGCUUUAAGCUCUGCGAGAGGAUUACAGAUAGCAGAUAGGUGUAGGUUUACUGUUGUAUUUGAGGCAAUUGUCUUGUCCAUAGAUUUACUUUCUAGGAUGUGUGAUGUCAAUUAGAGAUAGUUAAUGGUGCUAAAAGUCUGAGUUAACUAUUUGGCUAUGUACGUUUUCUUCUUUCAUGUUUGUAGAACACCUCUCUUCUCUGAUCCUUCAAAUUGUCAAGUUUUUUAAGUCCCCACAUUAGCUGGGAAAAUUGUAAAAGCAUUACAUGAAUAUAAGAUCUACAUUAGUUGUAUGGUAGGUGAAGUUGGAUUU